AUCGGUUGAAGAAGAUCUGAAGCUUAACCUUUGCUCUGUUACAGACUCUCAGGGAUCUGCCGGCUACAAAGUCCGGUGGAUUUUGUUAUUAUUAGACAAUGGCGUCUAAUAAUCAUUAUACAAACAGUAGAUCCAAUCUAUCAACAAACUCUGAUGCUGCUGAAGCUGGGAGGCACCAGCAGCCUGUGUCAAACACUGUCACAUUUGCCCGCAGGACUGCCUCUGGUCGCUAUGUCAACUACUCCAGAGAUGAUCUCGAUAGCGAACUUGGAAGUGUUGAUCUCACUAGCUAUACGGUACAUAUUCCGCCAACUCCUGAUAACCAGCCUAUGGAUCCGUCCAUCUCUCAGAAGGUUGAGGAGCAGUAUGUGUCCAGUUCCUUGUUCACUGGCGGUUUUAACAGCGUGACUCGGGCUCAUCUUAUGGACAAAGUGAUCGACACGGAGACUAGCCAUCCGCAGAUGGCGGGUGCUAAAGGAUCGUCUUGCGCGGUUCCUGGUUGUGAUGUGAAGGUGAUGAGUGAUGAGAGAGGUCAAGAUCUUCUUCCUUGUGAGUGUGAUUUCAAAAUCUGUAGGGAUUGCUUUGUGGAUGCUGUGAAAACUGGCGGGAUGUGUCCCGGGUGUAAGGAGCCUUACAGGAACACGGAUUUGGCGGAUUUUGCUGAUAACAAGCAGCAGCAACGGCCUAUGCUUCCACCACCAGCAGGUGGGUCCAAGAUGGACAGGAGAUUGUCAUUGAUGAAGUCGACUAAGUCUGGUUUGAUGAGGAGUCAAACUGGGGAUUUUGAUCACAAUAGAUGGUUGUUUGAGACUAGUGGGACUUACGGUUUCGGUAAUGCUUUCUGGACAAAAGACGGGAAUUUCGGGAAUGACAAGGAUGGGAAUGGCCACGGUAUGGGGCCGCAGGAUCUGAUGAGCAGACCGUGGAGACCGCUUACUCGGAAACUGCAGAUUCCUGCUGCUGUUAUUAGUCCUUACAGGCUUUUGAUUGUUAUCCGAAUUGUUGUUCUUGCGCUUUUCUUGAUGUGGAGGAUUAAGCACAAAAACCAAGAUGCAAUAUGGCUAUGGGGAAUGUCUGUGGUUUGUGAGCUUUGGUUCGCCUUAUCUUGGCUUCUUGAUCAGCUUCCAAAGCUGUGUCCGAUUAACCGAGCUACGGAUCUCAAUGUUCUUAAAGAAAAAUUCGAAACACCUACACCGAGCAACCCGACUGGGAAAUCUGAUCUCCCAGGACUCGAUAUGUUUGUAUCUACAGCAGAUCCAGAGAAAGAACCUCCUCUUGUCACUUCCAACACCAUUUUAUCGAUUCUCGCUGCUGACUACCCUGUCGAAAAGCUUGCUUGCUAUGUUUCAGAUGAUGGAGGAGCGCUUUUGACAUUUGAAGCCAUGGCUGAAGCAGCGAGUUUUGCAAACAUGUGGGUUCCUUUUUGUCGUAAACACAAUAUCGAGCCGAGGAAUCCGGAUUCAUACUUUAGUCUUAAAAGAGAUCCUUACAAGAACAAAGUGAAGGCUGAUUUCGUUAAGGAUCGGAGACGGGUGAAGCGUGAGUAUGAUGAGUUUAAGGUUAGGAUCAACAGCUUGCCUGACUCCAUCAGGCGCCGUUCUGAUGCUUACCACGCAAGGGAAGAGAUUAAGGCCAUGAAGCUGCAGAGACAGAACAGAGAUGAUGAGGUAGUAGAGCCAGUUAAGAUUCCUAAAGCUACAUGGAUGGCUGAUGGUACUCAUUGGCCUGGCACUUGGAUAAAUUCUAGUCCUGAUCAUUCCCGUAGUGACCAUGCUGGUAUCAUUCAGGUGAUGUUGAAGCCGCCGAGUGAUGAGCCAUUACAUGGAGUGUCUGAAGGGUUCUUAGAUCUUACAGAUGUUGACAUUCGUCUUCCGCUUCUUGUCUAUGUUUCGCCCCUAGCAGCAUCAGCUUCUCUUGCGCAAUCUAAAGUCGCUUCUGCAGAUGGUCCUUUCAAUAUCUCUGGAUUCUCUACUUCUGCGAAUCCUCAGCAGCAGCAGCCGUCUCAAACUCAGAAGCCACCGUCGACGGCUGGUGAAGAAUCUUCAGCUCCUCCGCGAGCUCGGAAUGAUAAUCCGAGGACGAGUUCCGGUGGUUUCGAUCCGGAGGCACUGGAGCGAGGUGCUAAAGCCUUAAAAGAGAUUAACAAGUCCUCUUACGCGAAAAAGGUUUUUGAAAGUAUUAAGCAGCAAGAAGAGACAAAGCAAACUGAGUUUGCAACCAAGGCGCAAGAGUUUAAAGCUAUGCAAGCACAAGCUGAAACUGAGAGGCAUAAGGUUAUAUAUGAUGAACAGAAAAAACUUGCUCAGCACCAAGCACAGACAAAAUCACAGAUGGCCCGUUAUGAAGAUGACUUGGCAAGAAAGAGGAUGCAGGCCGAGAAUGAGUUCCAUAGAGCAAGAAAUCAAGAACUUGUGAAAAUGCAAGAAGAUUCGGCAAUUAGGCAGGAACAAGCUCGACGAGCUACUGAGGAACAGAUCCAGGCGCAGAGACGACAAACUGAGAGGGAGAAGGCUGAGAUUGAACGUGAGACCAUCAGGGUCAAAGCUAUAGCAGAAGCGGAAGGAAGAGCCCAUGAAGCUAGGCUUGCUGAAGAUGUAAACAGAAGAAUGCUUGUUGAUCGUGCAAAUGCAGAAAGAGAGAAAUGGGUUGCUGCCAUAAACACAACAUUUGACCAUAUUGGAGGCGGUUUACGUGCAAUUCUGACGGAUCAAAAUAAACUGGUUGUUGCUGUUGGGGGUGUAACUGCUCUAGCAGCUGGAAUCUACACAACGAGAGAAGGUGCAAGGGUCAUCUGGAGCUAUGUGGACAGAAUAUUAGGACAACCAUCGUUAAUCCGAGAAUCAUCAAGAGGCAAGUACCCUUGGUCUGGUUCGCUUUCUCGUGUAAUGUCCACAUUGCGGGGUAAGGAGCCAGCUUCCAAAAGUGGACAAGGGUUUGGUGAUGUUAUUCUGCAUCCUCCCCUACAAAGGAGAAUUGAGCACUUAGCUAAUGCAACCGCCAACACAAAACUCCAUCAGGCUCCUUUCCGAAAUGUGCUUUUCUACGGUCCUCCAGGAACAGGAAAAACAAUGGCUGCCAGAGAGCUGGCUCGUAAAUCUGGUUUGGAUUAUGCACUGAUGACUGGUGGAGAUGUUGCUCCCCUUGGAUCUCAGGCUGUUACAAAAAUUCACCAACUGUUUGAUUGGGGCAAAAAGUCUAAGAGAGGUUUAUUGCUCUUCAUUGAUGAAGCCGAUGCAUUUUUGUGCGAGAGGAACAAAACAUACAUGAGUGAAGCCCAAAGGAGUGCUCUAAAUGCUCUUCUCUUUCGCACGGGUGAUCAGUCCAAAGACAUAGUCUUAGCACUUGCUACUAACCGACCUGGUGACCUAGACUCAGCUGUGGCUGACCGUGUCGAUGAAGUUCUUGAAUUCCCCUUACCUGGAGAAGAAGAGCGGUUCAAGCUUUUAAACCUAUAUCUAGAAAAGUACAUAGCUGAGGCUGGUCCAAAAAAGCCGAGUUUGUUCGACCGCCUCUUCAAGAAAGAACAGCAGAAGAUCGAGAUAAAGGGUGUCACUGAGGAGCUCUUAAAGGAAGCAGCUGCAAAAACCGAAGGGUUUUCAGGUAGAGAGAUUGCGAAACUGAUGGCAAGUGUUCAAGCAGCUGUUUAUGGAAGUGAGGACUGCGUGUUGGACUCUGUGCUAUUUAGAGAGGUUGUUGAGUACAAAGUUGCAGAGCAUCAACAGAGAAGAAAAUUGGCUGGAACGGACUCGAAAUGAUGAGAUAUAAACCCAAAAAUUAAUCAAAUGGUGAUACUUCA